AUAAGAAUAAGAAUAAGAAUAAGAAUAAGAAUAAGAAUAAGAAUAAGAAUAAGAAUGGAGAUAGGCUCUGGGGUGAGAAAGGACUUGGGGCAGCAGCACAAGGGCAAGGAGAUGAGUUCAGGGUGGAGGUGGCAGGGGUCGGUAAUGGAGACUGGAAACUGCCCCGGCUGGUCUCUGUUUUAAAUGCUUGUCUCGUUUGACAAGGCACCUUGGGAUCACGGUGUAUUUUAGAAACACGGAUCUUUGGAGGUGUGUGACAAUGCUGGCUUCAUACAGAGCAGAGGAGGACUGGUGAUUUCAUCGCAUUUGCUACAGGGUUGAGAAAUGACCGAGUGUUGUUCUGCCCCUGCCCUCUCCGGAAACACCUGACUGUGCUGUGGUGCAUGACUCAGACGCAGAGUGGAGCCAUGAGCACUGCAGUUUCCAUCCGGCUUUUCCACUGAUCUUUGUGGCCUCUCCCUGCCCCUACCAUUGUCAAGAGGGUUUUCCAUAAUUCCCUGACUGCUGGAGUGGUACCUAAAGGAUGCCCUCUGGGCUAAGGUGGGGAACAGAGCCCAUCUCGAAGCCUCUGCUCCUGCUCCGGAUGGGAGCCCGAGCAGCCUGAGCUAAUUAUUGGGAGCCUGAUGUUGAUAAAGUUAAAGCGCCCGGCGCCCUGCAGCAUGAGCCCCUCGCCGCGCCGCCUCCUCCGCCAGCAGCACCCCCGGCCCCAGCCGCCCCGCCGCCAGCGCCCCCAGCCCCGCCGGCACCCCCCGCCCUAGAGCCGCCCCCAUGAUGGACAGCCGCAUCCUGGAGCAUCCUCAUGCCCAGUUCGGGGGGAUGGUGGGUUUCCCUUACCCGCUCGGGCACCACCACGUCUACGAGCUGGCCGGGCACCAGCUGCAGUCGGCGGCCGCCUCCGUGCCCUUCUCCAUCGAUGGAUUACUGAGCGGCUCCUGCGCCGCCUCCGUGGUCAACCCGGCGCCGCUGAUCCCCUCCGGCUGCGGGGUGAGCGGGGACAGCCAGCCCUUCAAGCUCGCAGACUCGGGUGACCCGGACAAGGAAAGUCCUGGCUGUAAAAGAAGACGAACCCGCACCAAUUUUACUGGCUGGCAGCUCGAGGAGCUGGAAAAGGCGUUUAAUGAGAGUCAUUACCCGGACGUGUUUAUGCGAGAGGCUCUGGCUCUCAGGCUAGACUUGGUGGAGUCCAGAGUGCAGGUCUGGUUCCAAAACCGCCGGGCCAAAUGGAGAAAGAAAGAGAACACGAAGAAGGGCCCGGGGCGGCCGGCUCACAACUCCCACCCCACGACGUGCAGCGGGGAGCCCAUGGACCCCGAGGAGAUCGCCCGGAAGGAGCUGGAGAAGAUGGAGAAGAAGAAGAGAAAGCACGAGAAGAAGCUACUCAAAAGCCAAAGCCGCCACCCGCACUCUCCCAGCGCCCUCUCCCUCCACAGCACGCCCAGCUCCGACAGCGACAGCGGCGGCGGGGGGGGCCUCUCGCCCGCCCCGCCUGAGGCCAAGCCCCGCGGGCAGCCCCCGCCGCCCCAUCCGCCGCUCCCCGCCGCCGCCGCCCCCUCCGAGCCGCCCCCCGGCACCUGCGACCAGACGGCCGAGCCCUUCUACCCCAGCCAAAGAAGCGGGAGCGGGCGGCUCCAGCGCCCGCCCGACAAGGACUGCGCGGCCGCCCCGUCGGGGGACGGCAGCGGGGGCGCGGGGGGGCCCCGCGGCGCCGGCAGCUUCCACAAGCUCAACCCGUUCAGCGUGGAGAGCCUCCUCUCCGACUCGCCGCCCCGCCGCAAGGCCGCCCCGGACUUCCCCAGCCUGCCCCCCUGCGCCCCCCGAACCCUCAUCGGCAAAGGACACUUCUUGCUGUACCCCAUCACCCAGCCCCUGGGCUUCCUCGUCCCGCAGACCGCCCUCAAGGCCAGCCCGGGCCCCGAGGCCGGCCAGCCCCCCCGGGACUCCCCGCUGCCCGCCGCCAACCCCGGCCCGCCCGGCUGCGGCGCGGAGCCGGCGCCCGCGGGGGCUCAGCCCGGCCCCGGCUCCACGGACACGGCGGGCUCGGUGCCCCCCGCGCCGGCCGGCGCCUCGCCCCGCUCCGCGGCCGCGCACGGUGACCCGGCGGCGGCCGCACCCGCGGAGGGCGGCAGCUUCCCCCGGCCGGAGUCGCCGGUCCGGGCGCGGGACGCCAGCACAGCCAGGGACAGAUCGGACUGCGGCCCCGCCGACGGCGAGGAGGUGGACAUGGACUGACCGGGCGGCCGAGACAAAGCAAAAGAAUCGAAACAAAAGUUAAAUAGAAAAAAAAAAUAAAAUUAAAAAAAAAAAGAGCAAAAAUAAAAGCAGCCGAGAGCGUCAGCGGCACCCCCCGCGCCCGUCACCCGUGAGCAGCGGGGGCAGCGCUUCCCCGCUCGCCCCACGCACGCCGCGCCCGCAGCUCGCGGGAGGCGGCGGCGCAGCUGAGAGAGCGGCUCUUCGUCUCCCUAGAGUUUAUCACAGGUCGAUUCAGGUGAUCAGUUAGAGCUUUUUGGGUUUUAUACUUAAAGGAUUAAAAAAAAAAAAAAAAGGGAAAAAAAAAAAAAAGAAAACGGGGUAAAAACAAAACAAAAAAAAAGGAAAAUUGUUUGUUAAGGCUUAGCAGCAGCUGGACUUUGUGGUGUGACAAACUGUACCGCGACAACAACGGAACUCCUCAGAACCCUUGUAAAAUGCAAAAAUGUCUAAGAAUAUUUAUAUAUGUAAAAUUUUUGAUAAAUAAAGGCUCUAAAACUCGCU